AUGCCCCUUCUGGCAAGGCAUGGAAGCAGCCGGAGAGUUUAUUCGCCCGCAUUGCUUUGUCACCCCGGCGUAAACACUCUGAUUGACAGACAUACCGCGGGCGUACGCCGCACUUCUUCGAAAAAGAAGCUGUGGAGUUCUUUCCGUGGGACCGCUGUGAAGAAUUUGUUGGCGCGGGGUUAUAGUCUCUCUCUUUCACUGCCAGCUUACAGACAUGAGCGAGUCAUACCAAGAGCCAAAGGUACACGCUGUCAGGCCCGAAUUUCAACCCCGACACAUGUCACUCAGUCAUCAUUCUGCUUUGAAGAGGGCGAAGCAUAUGCCAGGGGCAGAACUCAGAGAAACCCAUCACUGCCGUGA